AUGGCUCCCAAGAUUGCUCCUAAGAUUGCGAUUGUCUAUUUCUCCCUCUAUGGGCACACCCAGACGAUGGCCGAGGCCGAGAAGAAAGGCAUCGAGGCUGCCGGUGGCCAGGCCGAUAUCUUCCAGGUCGCCGAAACCCUGUCUGACAUGGUUCUAGAGAAGAUGCAUGCCCCUCCCAAGGCCCCCUACCCCGUUGCUGAGCCCACGGACCUGCUGGACUAUGAUGGCUUCCUGUUUGGCAUCCCCACGCGGUACGGCAACUUUCCUGCCCAGUGGAAGGCCUUUUGGGAUAAAUGUGGGAGGAUCUGGGCAAGCGGUGGCUACUGGGGGAAAUACGCUGGAGUCUUUGUCUCGACGGGGACUCUGGGGGGUGGGCAGGAGGUCACCGUCCUCAACACAAUGAGCACGCUUGCUCACCAGGGGAUCAUCUACGUCCCGCUGGGCUAUAAGACCACCUUCCCUCUGCUCACCAACCUGGAUGAGGUCCAUGGGGGCAGCCCCUGGGGUGCGGGCACCUUUACUGAGGGGACUCGCCAGCCCACGGUGCUCGAGCUGGAUAUUGCCGAGGCCCAGGGAAAGGCUUUCUAUGAGACCCUCGCCAAGGUCCAUUUUGAAUGA